UUCUUUGGACCAAUAGAAACUGUCCAUCUACCGCGAGUCAUUUGGCUUGUUUAGGUGGGGUGGGAACAACAGCCACCCGAAAGUGGUCAGCUGAAGAUGUCUGACAAUGCUGAGUCCCCGACAGAAACACAAAAAGAGGAGUCACAGCCACCUUCAGACGACUCGUCGACGAACGAAGAGAAGAAAAAAAUUGAUGUGUUGUUGAAGGCAGUGGGAGAUACUCCUAUAAUGAAGACAAAGAAGUGGGCAGUGGACAGGGGGAGGACGGUUCAGUCCCUUGGUCAGUUCAUCUCCCGCUUCCUCAAACUUGAAGCCACUGAACAGCUGUUUAUUUAUGUAAACCAGUCUUUUGCCCCAUCACCAGAUCAAGAUGUAGGGAUCCUUUUUGAUUGCUUUGGCAGCGAUGGGAAACUGGUUCUGCAUUACUGUAAAUCUCAAGCCUGGGGUUAAACUACUCCCCCCCCCCCCCCCCCCGAACAUGCACAAAUGUUUUUUUGUGUCUGCCUUUUUUCUGUGUUUUUUUGUUUUUGUUUUUGUACAUAUGUAUUGUAAAUAAAUGAUUGUGACUAUG